CGUGGAUCUUCAUAGGACGGCUCAGGUGAUGCAGUUAGGCGUAGGUCUUCAUAAGGCAGGUAGUAUUGUCGGUUGUCGAAUCGUCUAUGUAAUAUUUCCUAUAUCAUAAUUGUAAGAUCAUAAUAAAUCAGCGUUAAAAAAAAAAAUUUCUUAUAUGUAUACGCGAUAUUUGGACCCAUUAUGAUUGGGCCGGGUAAAGCGAAGCCUGCGCUAGAAACCUCUGCGUCUUUCACCGACUCUAUCGUCGCCGGUUGAAAUUAAUCGGCUUCCUCUCUCUCUCCUUCUCUCUCUCUCUCUCUCUUUCUCUGCUGAAUUGAACAAUGGUGAGCCAAAGGCAAAGACUUGCGCGGAAGCUCACCCGGAGCAGUUUCCAAAACCAGAACCAACGUCGCCAAAGGAUCCCGACAAGAAAAAGAGCUUGUUCAAGAAAAAGAAACCUGGUCCCAUGAGAAAAGGCUCCUCCACGAGGCAUCCUCUCCGAGUUCCUGUUAUGAAACCUGGCGAAGGCUGUUAUAUCUGCAAGUCCAAAACCCAUAUUACUAAGCUCUGUCCUGAAAAAUCUGAGUGGGAGAGAAACAAGGAGGGACAAAGUUUGCAAGUUGUUUCAUAUGCAAAGAACACGGGCAUAUAAGCAAGAACUGUCCUCAAAACAAGCAUGGAGUCUACCUACCCAAUGGGCGGUUGUUGUAAAGUAUGUGGGAGUGUGGCGCAUCUCGUCAAAGACUGCCCUGAUGAACUCAACAGAGAUUCAGCCCCCACAAAGAGCUCAAGAUUCGAUGCUACACCAAGAGGAAAACUCACCAAGUUCAGUGGGGAUGAUCUUGAGAACGGUUUCUAUGAAGAGCCUAAAAGUAGCAAGAAGAACAAGACUUCUGAUGAUGUUAUUACACCUGAUAAUGUAGAUGAGAAGCGCAUCCUAAAAAAGAAACACGGUCCAAAGAUUGUCAAUUUCGUUGGAUGAUCACAAAUCAGCUAAACGGGCUGUCAGUUUUGUAGUAAAGAUCUUUUUUUUUUUGUUUGUUCUCUAUCUGCCUCUCACAGCCAUGUAAUGACAAAUUGAUUGCUAUUUACAAGGUUCAGAACAAUGUUAUGUAAUG